CAAUCAAAUACAUUUUGUCAAAAUGGCGUUUAAUUUUCCUGCGUUUUCAUAUAUUAUUGCGCUUAUUGUGGAUGCAUUUCUUAUAUUUUUCUCCAUAUUCCACGUUAUAGCGUUUGAUGAAUUAAAAACUGACUAUAAAAAUCCAAUAGAUCAAUGCAACAGCCUCAACCCGUUGGUUCUGCCGGAGUAUUUGUUGCAUCUUUUUAUAAAUAUCCUAUUCCUCUUAUCGGGAGAAUGGUUCUCCUUGUUAAUAAACAUUCCUUUGAUAUUAUAUCACAUACACAGAUACUAUACGAGGCCUGUGAUGUCAGGCCCAGGCCUGUAUGACCCCACAAGCAUUAUGAAUGCUGAUGUCCUAACUGUAUGCCAACGGGAAGGCUGGAUCAAACUUGCAUUUUAUUUAUUGUCCUUCUUUUUAUACCUUUAUGGAAUGAUCGUAGUCUUAAUUGCAGCAUAAGUGCAACAUAAUCAAAACUCCAACAAGUCAUCAUAAUUUAUUGUUAGAGUUCCUGUGAUUCUAGUGUCAAGCAAACAAGUGAAUAUGAAUUGUAGGACUGUGUGAUUGAACAGUAUUUUGG